GAGGAGGCGAAAAAGAGAAAAUGGCAUAAUUCGGGGCCGCCCGAGCAAGCACGGAAGAAUCACCACGGUGGGGGUGGGGGUACGUUCAAGGCGCCGGCACCACCGGCGAAGAAGAACAAGGAUGCUCGGUGGCACGCAUCCUCCUCUCAAAAUACGGGGCCUCCUAAGUGUGCCAACUGUUCAAAGAACCACUUCGGGAAGUGCAACGCACCCCCGAGGUGUUAUCGGUGUGGGAACACGGGCCACAUGAAGGCCAAUUGCCCACAAUUGGGGGGAGGAGGAGCUCCGGGAUCCGGAGGAGGAACCACGACGGGAAGGAACCGUGCGGGGCCGUCAAACGGCGGCACGGGAAGAGGCGGCGCAUCCACAAGCCAUGCCGCAUCCGUCAACCAAGGUGGGACCCAAGCCCGAGUGUACUCGAUGACCGAGGCGGAUGCGAGAGCAAACCCGGACUCCGUUGCAGGUUGAAGCUAGGGCUUGCUACUUGCACCUUCUCACGGGUGGUAUCAAAUCAGGAAGACGUGGUUCGUGCUUCCUUAUUUUCUUUCAAACUACCGAACACUUGCUCAUGGAUAUUUGUUCUACUAUAAACUAUUUUUGGGGCUUGCAUGCCCAUGUUGUUGGCCGGUUGUGGCCUAUGACUUACCGUUGAAUAUUUUCCGCUAUUCAUUGGUUUAAAUGUGAUGUUGUUAUGUAUGUUUACUACUGAGUAUGGAUGGAUUGUUUUCUCGAACGCCUUGUGUAAUUGAGUGAGGUUGACUCGUGGGUGACGUCACUUAGUUAUACGGCGGUUGUACACGCGCUUGGAUUGCGGUCUGGGGCGUGACAUGAGGUCGCACGGAAUCCCACAGGAAUUUUCCUUUGUCAACGCAAAUACGUGCUUGACAUUUUGGCCGAGACGGGGAUGUCCGGAUGCAAGCCAGUUAACUUUCCUAUGGUUCAGAAUCACCGGUUGCAAUCGGAUACUAGUCCGUAUUUUUCUGACCCCGAGCGGUAUCGGAGACUCGUCGGGAAACUCAUCUAUUUGACUUUGACCAGGCCUGACAUCUGCUAUUCUGUACAUAUUUUGUCACAAUUUAUGCAGAAUCCCAGGAUGGCUCACUGGGAGGCUGUACUUCGUGUCCUUAGAUAUCUCAAAGGACGGCCAGGCCAGGGGAUUCUGUUGCGAUCCGACUCAUCUAUCUCCCUUACUGGUUAUUGUGAUGCAGACUGGGCGAGUUGUCCUGUCACUCGUCGGUCUGUUACCGGUUACUUUGUCUCUUUGGGGUUCUCACCUGUGUCAUGGAGGACCAAGAAGCAGGCCACAGUUUCUCGUUCUUCGGCGGAGGCAGAGUACCGAUCCAUGGCAUCUUUAACCUGCGAACUAAUUUGGCUACGGAAUUUACUUCACUCCCUCGGUGUCACUCAGUCUGGUCCGGUUCGGCUCUUCUGUGACAAUCAAGCCGCGCUACAUAUUGCUUCAAAUCCGGUUUAUCAUGAACGAACCAAACAUAUAGAGCUUGAUUGUCACUUUAUACGAGAUCAUAUUCAAGCCGACACUAUUGCACCUUCUUAUACAUCCACUAUAGACCAACCAGCGGACUUGCUCACCAAAGCCCUCGGAGUUCAACAAUUCUCUUAUCUACUUGGCAAGAUGGGCAUUUGUGACCCCCAUGCUCCAUCUUGAGGGGGGGUGUUAGCUAUAUUAUUAUAGCUAU